AUGAAAACUCGUGGAUAAAAAGUAGAACCUAUCUAUGCAUAUUAAUUUAAAAAAGAUUAGAUUCUUGGUCAAAAUGAGAAAGGAAAGGCAGUCUUUUUCAAAGUGGUUGAAGAUUUAAAAACAAAUGAUCAUAAAUCAUAAUUAAGAGUUGUAAGAUUAGAGUAGUAAGAGAAAUAAAAGGAUGGUAAAUUAGUUUAUAAAGAGUCAUAAGAAGCAUUAUUAUCAGUAAAAGAAAGAAUGUAAAAAAUAAAUAUAAAUUUUAGUAAAAUAGUAAAUGAUGUUGAAGUAAAAUAAAUAAAGCCAAAUCCAAGAAGUAAAUCAUUAAUGACUUCAUUUAUAUUCCCAUAAGAUACUUUAUAAGAGAUUGCAAAGAGUACUAAGUAAGUUCCCACCAAUAACAAGUAGUAAAAGAAAUAGGUGAGUUCUGAAAGUGAAAGUGAAGAAGAAGAAGAAGCACCAUAAAAAUAUACAAUAAAGAAAGGAACCAAAUAGGUAGUAAGAGGAUAAAUUCAAAAAUAGGAAGUGAAAAAAAAUGUAAAGAAGAAAGUUGAAUCAGAAGAUAGUGUUGAACAGGAAUCAUCAGAAGAAGAACCACCAAAAAAAUAAGCGACUAUUAAGAAGUAAAUUUAAAAGUAGACUAAGAAUAAUAAAAAAGGAGGUAAAUAAGUAAAAUAGGAAGAUAGUGAUGAGAAUUCUGAAGAAGUAGAAAGUGAUUCAAAAUAAAAAUAGAAAAGAGUAAUAAGAUAAAAGUAAAAUUCUAAAAAAGAAAAACUAGAAGAAUUGCCACCUUAAAAGAAAUAGGUGAAGAGAGGUAGAAAAUAAACAAAAUAAGAAGAUGAUGAAGAGGAUGAAGAUUAUGAAGUUAAUGAAAUUUAAUCUUAAUCAGUUGAAUAAAAGAAAAAGAAAAGUAAGGCAAGUGGAAAGAAAUCCAAAUCUUAACCUGCUUUACCAAAAAAAUUUGUUAAAGGGAAACUUAAUCCAAAUUAUAGAGAAAUAAGAUAAAUUAGUGAACAAUUUGAAGGAUCCUCUUCAAAAUUUUGUGAUUAUUCUAGUAUAAUGAUGAAUAAUAAUGAAUUGAUUAGAGCUGCUAAAACAGGAAACAUUAAAUUAUUAGAUGAUAUUUUUACUAAUUCUUAAAAAAUUAGUAAUAUUUUUUAGGGUUGGGCUCCUGAAAAUAAUAUAACAGCUAUUGAACUAAUAUUUUAAAGGUAAGAUAAAGCUAUGUUACUUUAAUUUAUAAAAGCAAUAGGUAAAUUGAAAAUGGGUAGUACUCCUAGAUGUUCAUUAAAAGAAAUUAAUACAGGAUAUAAUGAUUAAUAUGCUUAUGGUGCUAGAACUAGAAAGGUGGCAUUAGGUAGAGGAGGUAGAGAAGGAAAUAAUGCUUUUGUUUAUGAUUUAAAUUAAGUUGAUAGUUUGAAAGAAUCAAUAGUGGAUAAAUUGAUGAGAAUCGAAAGCAAUCCAGAAUUCUUUAGUUUAAUGAUGGCCUAAUUGGGAAAUGAACAAUAAUAUUAUAGUUUAAUAGCAAUGGCAGUUAGAAGUGGUAAUUGGAAAACAGCUGGUUAUUUAGUAUAGAUGGCAAUGGAUAAAGGUCAUAUGUAUGGAUUUAAUUAAGUUCAUGUAGAUGUUUUAAAUUAUACUAAUUCAAGUCGUAUUGGAAAUAUAAAGAAAGCUUCUGCAACUAAGAAAUCUGGUGGAAUUUAUUUAAUUACUCCGAUUCAUUGUGCAGCUAUCAAUCCAAAUCAUUCUUGUCUCUAAAAAUUAUUGGAUAUAUCAUAAGAAUAUAAUAUUUUAGAUGAAAUACAUAGAAAACCUGUACAUUAUGCUGCAGUAUCAUAAACUUCAGCUUGUUUAUAAUAUUUAAUAGAAAAUAGCAUAGAUGUAAGAGAAGGUGAUAGAAAUAAGAAUACACCUUUGAUUUUGGCAGCAUAAUUUGGUAGAACUCAUAAUGUAUAGAUUUUGGCUUAAAAUAAUAUUGAUGGAAAAAAUAGAGAUGGUAAUGCAGCUAUUCAUGUUGCUUGUUAAGGAGGACAUUUAGAAACUGUUAAGGUGCUUUUAAAAUAAGGAGCCAAAAUUCAUUUAACAGGAUAAAAUAGAAUGACACCAUUAAAUAUAGCAUGUGCUUAUGGUCAUUAUGAAGUUGCUAAGUAUUUAAUUGAAUAAGGUGCUAAAAUAUUAGCUAAAGAUAAAUAUGGAAGAUCAUCUUGUGUUUUAGCUGCUCGUAAUGGUAAUGUUAAAAUUCUAUCUUUAUUACUUUAUCAUGGUGCUGAUUAUGAUUAACCAGAUAGUUCUAAAAAUACUCCUCUUCAUUAUGCAGCUGCUUAUGGUUUUCCAGAAUGUAUAGAGGAACUUAUGAAAGCUGGAGCUGAUUAAAAUUUACCAAAUUCUUGGAAAUUAACUCCAUUAUCUGUAGCUUUAUAGAAAAAUCAUUUAAGCGUUGUAAAGAAAUUAUUAAGUUAUCCUACUACAGAUGUUAAUUGUAAAGAUGAUGAAGGUAGAACUUUAAUUUCAUCAAGUUUAAGUAAAUUUACAGUUGAUACUUUUGAAUAUAUUAAAUAUUUAAUUCUGGAAAAAAAUGCUGAUGUCAAAAUUGCAGAUCUAUAAGAAAAAACACCAUUACAUUAUGCUGUCUUAUUAUCUAGAAAAGAUGCUAAAUAAUAUUAUACUAAAUGGAAUGAAUUGAAUAAAGCAGAGAGAAGGGAUAUCAAAAAUAAUUAUGAAAAAUUAGUACAUGAAAUGAUUGAAUUAUUAAUAAAUGCAGGUUCAGAUGUUAAUGUUUAAGAUACUAAUGGAUAAACUCCAUUUAUAUAAUCUUUGAUGAGUUAAAAUUUCAAAGUUUCAGAAUUAUUAAUGAAAUUGUCGACUCCUACUGUUAAUUAUUAGGAUAAAAGAGAUAGAAAUAUUUUACAUAAAUUAAUUGAAUGCAGAUUAUUUAUAAAUAACAAAGGAUUUACUAUCUUAAAAGAUAUAAUUAAAACUAUUGAUUCAACUUUUAUUAAUCAAUAUGAUGAGAAUGGAUGGAAUCCAUUACUUUAUCUCAUCUCUGAAUAUACAAGUAUAGCUGAAACAUAAUAUACAUAAAUUUAUAAUAAAAAAGUUUCAUAAUUACAAUAAAAAUUAUUUGAAGAAAAACUAAAAGAAGUACUUGAAGAAGAAGAAAGAAUUAACAAUGAAAAAAAAUAUAAAAAUAAUGAUGAAAAUGAAAAGAAGAACUAAAAUCAAAAUGAUGAUGAAAAUGAAGAAUAAGAAGAAGAAGAUGAAGAAAAUGAAAUGGAUGAAGAAGAUAAAGAAGAUGGUGAUGAUGAAGAAGUAGAAGAAGAAGAAGAAGAAGAAGAAGAGAUUAAUGAAAAUGAUAAUAAUGAAGAUGAAGAACACUCUGGAGAUUAAGAUGAUGAAGAGAAUGAAGAAGAUCAAGAGAAUCAAUUAAAUUAAAUAGGAUAAGGGUAAACUAAUGUUUUUUAAAAUACUCAAAUAAAUUUAGUAACAACUAAAGAAUAAUAUCAUACUAAAACAUUCUAUUAUAAAAGCAAACCAAUUAUUGUCUUUUUAAAUAUUGAUUAAGUUAAUAUCUUACUAAAUGAAGCAAAGUAAGAGUCUUUAAAUUUAUAGGAUACAGUACUUAAUUUGUAUCAAAUAUUCAUCAAUUUAGGGGCUGAUUCUACUUCAUCAAUUAUAAAGAGGAAAAAAUUUAGAGAAAAAAAAGAAGGUGAAUAAGAAAAAGAUGAUCACCCUUAUAUAGAUGAAGGAGGCUAUACAAUUGCUCAUUUUAUUUUCAAAAAUUAUCAUAGUGUCUCUUUUCUUUAAGGAAUUAAUAAUAUUAAAGCUAUAUCCUUGACUGAAGCAGCUUUAUAAAAUAUUUAUCCAAUACACCUCUUUGCAAACUCAUGUAGUGUAAAUUAAGUUUGCGGAAGAGAAAAUGAAAAAAGUUAAACAUUUUUAGAGUAUGUAAUUAAAAAAAUUAAAGUUAAUGUAAAAGAUGAACGAUUAAAUACUCCCACUAGUGUAAUAGCUUGUAGAUAUAGCAUUGUUUUUGAUGAAAUUUUAGAUAUUUUAAUUUCAAAUGGAGGCAGUGUUAAUAAUUUGAAUCAAGAUGACGUUGUACCUUUAUAGAGUUGGGUUAAAUAAAAUAAUGUUAAAGUAGUAGGAAUUCUGUUAACCAAAUUCAAAGCUGAUCCUGGCUUUCCUGAUAAAUCCAAAAGAACUGCUUUACAUCAUGCUAUUAAUUCAUCAAAUUCUUAAGCUGAUGCCAGUUUUGAAAUGGAACAUAUUUUAAUUAAGAAUGGAGCAAAAACUAAUGCUCUUGAUAUUUAUAAAAGAACUCCUCUCUUCUAUGCAUUUACAAAGAUGACUUAGGAUAAUGAUUUUAGAGAAAUUGAUCCUUUUGAAACUGUUUCAUCUAUUUUAGCUGAUAAAUAUUGUGAAGUAGAUUGUGUUGAUAUACAUUUGAGAUCUCCUCUUCAUUAUGCUGCUAUGAGAGGCAGUGUAAUAUCAGGAAGAUACAUGAUUAAAAUGAAAGCACCAAUAGAUGUACCAGAUAAAUAUGGUAAUACUCCAUUGGGUUUGGCAUUUUUAUGUGGUCAUUCUAAUUUUUGCACAAUGCUUAUAGAUAACAAAGCAGAUGUAAAUAGAUUUGCAACAAUAGUUGAUUAUAAGAAGAUUAGAUAGGAGGAAAAAUAAAAGAGGAGGGAGAAAAUUGAAAGAGGUGAGGCAAUAGAAUUAGAGGAUGAUGAAUUUUAGACAGAAACAGAGGAAUAGGAUGAAUAAGAAGAGGUUAAUAAUGGAUUAUAUGGAGGAGCCAGAACUAAAUAGACUGCUAGAAAGUCAUAUGGAGGAAAAGCACCUAGAAAAUAAUUAUCAGGUUCUUUCUAUGGAUAGUAAUAAUUUGAAUAAAAAAGAUCUAAUAAAAUAUAUUUAUUAUAAUCAACAAUAUUUCCAGUUGGAACUUACUCAUAUUUUAAAUUAGCAAUAAAAUAAGGAUGGUAAGGUGUUGCAUAUUUAUUGAUAUCAGAUGGAUAUGAUUUACAAAGAGCAAUUGAAGAUGCAAUAAUGGAAGAAUAAUUCAAACUAGUUCGAACUUUAUUGAUGAAAGUGAAAGAUGAUGAAAUAGUUUAGAGAUAAAAUUAAAAUAAAUAAAAUCUUUUCCAUAUAUUUUCAAUUAAAGGUAGGAAAUGUACAGAUGAAAUAGCAUUAAUGAUUGCAGAAGAAUUAGCAAAUAGAAAAGUUGAUAGAGAUGCAAAAGAUGAUUAAAAUAACACUCCAUUACAUUAUGCUGCUUAAAAUGAUUUUUAUGGAAUGAUUGAAUAUUUAUUGAAAUCUAAUUGUGAUCCAAAUAAUUACAAUAAUGAUAAGAAUACUCCAUUUUCAAUUAGAUUGUAGGAUAAUUAUUAAGCUUUAGUUUCUGAUGUAGAAUUAUAAUGUUGGAAGGAAUCUAAUACAAAUUUAAAUGUUAAAUUCAAAGUUAAUGAAAAAGAUUAUUUAACUUCUCCAAUUUUGUUUUUGAUUUAAGAGUUUCUUUUAGAAGAUGAAAUCAUAUUAACUAAAUUUACUGAGGCUGGAUGUGAUAUAAAUGAAAAGACAGAAUCAGGAGAAACUUCUUUAAUGUUAGCAAUUAAGAUAAAUUCAAUGAAAUUAGUAAAUUAUGUAUUGAAUCAUCCUAAAUUUAAUAAAGCAAUACAUUCUUAAGAUUCAUAAAAUAGAACACCAAUUCAUUAUGUUAUUCAACCACUUGAAUUUGGUUCAUAUGAAAAUAUUGAUAUGCUAUAAUUAUUAGUAAAAUAAUUUGAUAUCAAUUAACCUGAUAAUUUUGGAAGAACUCCUUUAGAUUAUGCUAAUGAUCAAGAUUCAGGAACAAUGGCAGAAAUUCUUAAAAAAUUGAAUGCUAAAGAAGGCAAGAAAUAAAAGUAACAAAGACUUCCUACAAGUGUAAUUUCUUAAGCUUAAUGGGUAGAAGAAGAAAUAGAUGUAGAAAGUGACGCUUAGAAAUUCUUAGAUUUAAAUGGAGAAUAAUUAGAUGAUUCAAAAUAAGAUAGAAAAAAAAUUGUAGAUCCUUCUGCUCAAGAAUCAGGUAAAGUUGAAGUAUGGAUAGAUAAGGAAUUAGGUCCAUAUUCAUUAUUAAUGACUAAAGUUGAUAUAGGAAAUGGUCUCUAUUCAGAAAAUGUAUUUUAUAAGAUGUAAGUCUUACAUGAAAUUAAUAGAAAUGUUUUUAUUUUAUUUACAAAAUGGGGAAGAAUAGGUACAAAUGGAUAACAUCAAUUAACUCCUUUUGAAAAUGCAGAAGAAGCUAUUAAAGAGUUUAAUAAAAUCUUCCAUAAUAAGACUGGAGGAAAUGAUUGGAGAAAACUAUAAAGUGGAGAAGAACAAUUUGUAAAAAAACCAGGAAAAUACUAAUUGAUAAAUUUUAAGAAUGUAAAGAAUUUCAAGACUUUACUUACUCCAUUUGAUUUUAGUAAGAAAAGUCCUUAUCAACAAUGUAAUUUAGAUAAAGCAAUAAAAAGAUUUUUGCUAUAAUUUGUUUAGGUUAAAUUGUAUAACAAGGAUUUAGAAUAAUUCCAUAUAGAUAUAGAUUCUAUGCCUAUUGAAAGAUUAGAUAGAAAAUAAUUAGAAGCAGCGAAAGCCAUUUUGAAUGAAUUAACAGAUUGUGUAGAAGAUCUAUAAAAACUUAGAUAAAAAGGUGAUCUUGAUAUUAAGAAGAUUUAAAAUAUAUUUACGGAAAUAAGUGAUAAAUCAAGUAGAUUUUAUGAGUUAAUUCCAAAUAAAGAAUAAUAAACAGAACCUAUUCCUCCAUUAGAUUCAAUAGAUGCAAUAAAUUAAAAAUUAUUAUUGAUAGAAACUUUACUUAACUUUGAGAUAACAUCUAAGAUUUUAUUAGGAGCACAUCUAAUGAAAUAAACAAUAAAUCCAUUAACAUAUUGUUUUAAUGCACUUAAUGUUAGAGUACUUACUCUACCAAAAGAACAUCCAGAAUAUAAAUUGAUAAACUAAUAUAUAAAUUAAUCCCAAUAAGCUAAGAUAUCAAACAUAUUUGCAGUUGAAAGAAGAGGGGAAGCUGAGAGAUUUGAACACAAUAAAUAAUAUAAGAGAAUGUUAUUAUGGCAUGGUUCAAAGAUUUCUAAUUUUAUGGGAAUUCUAGCUUAAGGAUUAAGAGGUAUUUAAAUUAAUCAAUAUAUAUAGUGGCACCUCCAUGGGCAUUUAAUACUGGAGCAAUGUUUGGAAAAGGCAUUUAUUUUGCUGAUAUGUUCUAAAAAUCAUAUGCAUAUACUGGAGAUUGGUCUCUAUUCUAUAAUCGAUAUAAUGGAUUAUUCUUAUAAGAUGUUUAUUAUAACACUUAGAAAAUUACCUAAAAGGAUGAACAGGAUGAAAUUCAAAGAUAUAGAUAUAUGUUAUUAUGUGAAGUAGCGGUUGGAAAAUCAAAAAAUCUAUAUAAUGCUGAAUAUAUUUCUAAUUUAGAUAGUAAUAAUAAUUAUUAAUUUAGAAUAAUAUUAGUCAGUCAAAGGAUGUGGCAGCAGAGGGCCUGAUUAUAAAUAAUCAGUAGUUUUGCCUAAUGGGUGCAAAGUUCCAGUUGGAUAAUGCAUAGAAUAUCAAUAACCAAAGAAGAAAGAUAAAAAUGGAAAUUAAUUUUAUUUUUAUCUCUAACACAACGAAUACAUUGUUUUCGAUGAGACUAAAGUUAGGAUCAGAUAUAUGGUUUAAUUAGAUACCAAAGACACAAUAGAUGAGUAUUGA